CCGAUAAGAAGCGCUGGAGCGAAUUAUGUCAUGUGAAGCAAGCUACAGCGAAAUAAAUCCCAUCUGCUUAGUCAGCCUUGGCGUUAUGUUACAAAACGGGUUAACCAUCAAACCAGUCGACUCUCUCCUCAGUCUAACAUGACUCAGCAGAGUGAGUCCACCGGAGCUUAACAUGAUACUGAGGCAGAUAAGUGAGUGGAUCCAGCAAGAAAGAGAAGAAAAGCUCCUACAUAAACUUGAUGAUGGAUGUGGAGAAGCUGGAGGAAACAGCAUAUUUCAGGUGGAGAUGGAGUCUAACUUUGCUGAGUCCUAUGGCGUCACCCCUGUCUGUGUGCCACAAAACAGAUGGGAAGUAAGAGGAGGAGGAGGGAGAGGGGAGGAUAUGCAGGAAAAGUUGUUGUACUCCUGUUGCACAGCAGAGGGCAGUGUUGAACAGGCAAUACAGAGCUCCUUCUUGGAGUACUGGGUGUGCCUGGAUAACCAACACAACAUGGCAGACUGUCCCGUUGCCAGAACUCCCAGUCUUCCUGCAACUCCAGUAACACACAUGCCUUGUCCAUUUAUACCUGUGCUUGGAUCUGUAGUUAAUCCCAUGAUUCCUUGCCUGAGUACUGAUACCUGCAGUCCCAUUACAUCUCUGUGCCUUCCCACUGACUCAUCUUGGGACAGUGGAGGUUCUGACCAGGAUCCUAUCAGUGCUGCAGCUCACCUGCAUCUGUUAGGGGAAUCCUUGUCCCUAAUUGGACAACUUCUUCAGGGGACGAAUAAAACAGUGAGUAUGCCGACUAGUUUCUCCCUGCUCUUGGACUCCCUUCUGUGUGCCCUUGGUCCUCUGAUGUCCCUCACAACACAGAUACCAGAGCUGAGUAGCUGCACGCGACACACACUGCUGGGUGUCAGCAUUUCAUGAAGUUGUCUGGAGGAGAGACAGAAUUCAGUGCCAGCUGAACAUAACGAACACGCAGAGACAGCGAUACAUGAACAAAGCUCCAAGGAACUCCAACAUUUGACAAUGAGUACAAACUUUGGUGGGAGCUUCUACAGCUCCUCACCACCAGAGUUAAGACUGGUGCUUUUAGGAAACAUCGGAUGUGGAAAGACAUCAUCAGCAGACACUAUUCUGGGCCAGCCAUCUCCCAUCUCUCCUGGUGCCUCCCGAAGCUGCCAACUGAGGCAGGGCAUCUCUGAGGGCCGCAAUGUGACCCUGGUGGAGGCACCGAGAUGGUACUGGACAGGUGGCAAGAUGGAGGACAGUGUUAGGAAGGAGACAGAGCGAGCGAUGACGCUGGUAGAACCUGGUCCACAUGCUAUUCUGCUGCUGGUGCCUGUUAGUCAGUUCACAGAGGUGGAGGGUCAUGUGCCUGCAGAGCUGGAGGAGUCAUUUGGGAAGGAGGCACUGAAUCAUACCCUGGUCCUGCUGACCUGUGGGGACUACUUGAUGGGACGAGCCGUGGAGGAAUACCUUUGCAAAGAACACCCAGGCCUGAGGAAGAUGAUUGAGAACUGUGGAGGGAGGUACCAUGUUAUAAAUAACCGCCAGCCACAGGAGAGGGAGCAGGUUCAUGAGCUGCUGGAAAAGGUGGAAAAUAUGGUGCAGCAAAAUGGCAUUUAUUACAUCAAAUCAGCCCAGGAGAGAGAGCUUGAGAGACAGGUGAGCGACAGAAGACGAAAACUCAUGGAGAGUUACAGAACACAGAAGGAGGAAACAAGACGAGAAAUCAUGGAGAUGUACAAAGAACAGGAGGAGGAAACAAGACAGCCAGAAACAUUAACAUAUUUAUCCAGCGUGGAGAAACGAGACUCUUUUGAUAGAGGAGAGGAGUACAGCACCUAUUUGGAAAGGAGGAGAAGAGAAGAGAGAGAGGACAUGGAUGAAAGAGUGAGUGUGAGGCAUGAGUCCAACGGAGUUUAUUCAACUCCAACACCAGCGCGACAGUCAUACUCAGUGCAAGAUGAUGAAAGGGAACUGAGAAGGACCCCCAGUUUUAAACUCAAUGAAGAUGGAGCCAAACUCUCACAGAUGUCUGAGGAAAACUCAUCUCCACAAGUGGUCUCAACUUUCCACUACAGAAUCAACAGCUUUGAAGACAGGUCACCAGAGGCAUCUCCAACCUCCACUCCUCAUUCUCCUGUCUUUACCUCUACCCAAUCCUCGCCAACCUUCACCUCCUCCUCCACCUCGUUCUCCUCAUCUUCCUCAUCUUCUCCUGAACUACGUCUGGUGCUGCUUGGGAGAUCAGGAUCUGGCAAGAGUGCGGCUGGAAACAGCAUACUUGGGAGGGAGGAGUUUAAGUCUAACCCAGAAAGCUUUGUAGCAAUCACUCAGGAUUGUGAGAAAAAGAAAGCCGUGGUUGAUGGAAAACGGGUGGCAGUGGUGGACACCCCAGAUUGGUUCAAAUCUGAGAAAAGUCCAGAUGAGGUGCGAGCUCAGAUCUCCUCCUGUGUUGCUUUGGCCAGUCCUGGUCCACAUGCCUUCCUGCUGUGCGUCCCCAUAGACCAGCCAGCAAAGACUGAACUGCAGGCUCUCGAGGCUCUUGAGACUGUUUUUGGCCCUGAGGCUGUCCAGAAACACACUAUGGUCCUCUUUACUUAUGCAGACCAGCUAAGGGAGAGUGGCAAGUUGGGAAAGAGCAGUGUUGAAGCUUAUAUUGCAGGCCAGCGAUCAGAUUUGUUAAAGCUGGUGGAGAAAUGUGGAGACAGAUUUCAUGUGAUGGAGUCAAGUAAAGGUUGGAGGGGAAGGGUGAAUGUGUCAGAGCUGCUGGAGAAGGUGGAGCAGACAGUGAAUGAAGCUGGGGGACAAUGCUACUCUUGUCCUGCUUUUCAGGAGGCAGAGAACAGAGUGAGGCAGAGACAACUGGAGAUAGCGAGGGAGAGAAAGGGGAAAAGACAAGAGGAAGAGAGAAGAGAAGACGUGAGACAGCUCAGCUCUGAAAGGCGGGUACUUUAUUCCUACAUGCAGCCUGUGGUUGAGGCCGAAGAGGAAGUGAGAGAGGAUGAGAUUGAGAAAACAAGGGAUGAGGCAGAGAUGAGUGUAGGCUCAAUGAAUAUUGAGAGCCUUCCUAAUGUUACAAUGUCCAGCAUAUCACCAUCAUUCCUCAGUUCCAUCAUGGAGAAAAUGAGGUCCAGUGCUCAGGCAUUUCCUCAGCUAUUAGCAGAUAGCUCUGUGUGGGCUGGUGAGAGUGUGAAGAAGAUGAAAAACAGUCCAGUGUGGGGGACGGUGGGCAACAGAGCACAAAACGUCCAGAAAAUGGUGGUUAACAGUCAGAUGUGGGGCAAGGUCGGGGCUGGUGCGGGACAUAUGUCUAAACUAGUAGGAGACAGAGUUCCCAAGGUAGUGGUGGACAGUUCUGCAUGGGUGGGAUCUGGAGCAAAGGCAGCAGCAGCCAGCCCAGUGUGGGGAAAAGUUGGUUCAGGGGCCAAAUCAGGGGCCAAACUUGUGGCAGACAGCUCCAUGCGUGUUGGCGCUGGAAUAGGAACAGGGGCAAAAAAUUUGGCAAAGAGUCCCAUGUGGGGGAAAGUAGGAUCUGGAGCAAAGACUGGAGCGAAACUGAUGGCCGACGGCUCAAUGCAAGUUGGGGCUGGACUCGGUGCAGGUGCAAAGAAAGUGGCACAGAGUCCAGUGUGGGGAAAGAUGGGGUCUGGCGCCAAAGCAGGAGUCAAAAUGGUGGCUGACAGCUCAGUAUGGGAGAAAAUGGGGAACACUGCAAAACAGGUGCCUAAGGUGGUCAUAGCAGGGGCUAUCCUGGGUCUCGUGCUUGGUGUGUUUUUAGGCGGGGCAAUUGGUGGAGCGGUAGGGGCAGCUGCAGGAUCUGCAGUGACUGAGGUGGGCAGACGAAAAUUCACCAGCAAAGAUGCAUCAAAAAAUGCAGAAGAAGCUGCUAAAAACUUGGAGAGAACAGUGAGCGACAGCAUGGACUCUCUCGCCAAACAAGGGGAAAAAGUACUAAAAACUGAAUAACCUCCUGAUUGUAUGUAAAGUGUGUAUAAAGAAUGUUAAAUUUGUUUUCAUUCCAACCAUCAGAAUGUAUGAGUCAAAGACUUUUUUAGACAUUCAGGGUAAUGAUCUUGACAACACAGUUGUCCUUCUCUGUUCUUUUAUACACAAAUGUAUUUUAAGGGUUAAUCGCAUCAAGAUCAAUUUCAAAUAUUGCACAAGUCUAAUAAGGAGUGACUUUAAACAAUACAUGUUUUUUUCUUAUAUAUUGUUUGAAAAAAAGUUUUGAUAGCUAAUCUUUUAGACAAUAAAAAUAUGAUUAUUAGUAGGAUGUGAAGUGAGACUGUUAGUUUUAACCUGACAUGAUAAUUUCCUCACAGCCUUCAUUAUUGGGAUGAAAAUUUGGCAGUGUAUUUAGAAACAAAUUUUCUGGUCCUUAAGCAAAUUUUGAAAUGUAUAUA